AUCGCGUUCCCUUCCAAGUUUCUCCUUCAAAGAGCAUGCCAUUUCUUGGAUGAGGUAUUUAUAAUGCCCGCUGAUAUCAGGAGCUUUUUUGGUGGCAAGCCUAGUCAGGCAGCCGCAAAACCGCCGGAUAAAAAAGAGGACCCGUCCAAUGCAAGGAGAAAGCGUAGCAGAAAAGUUAUAGAUGACAGCGAUGAAGAAGAAGAAGAAGUUCAGGAAGUCAAGCCUUCGGCAGUAAAGCCCAAAGCCCCAAGCAAACCGAAGCCCGAACAAUCUAAAGGAGAGCCAACAACAACAUCAGAUUACUUUGCGUCUAGCAAAAAGAAAGCGAAGCCUUCAAAGUCCUUCGAUACUGCGUCAGUCAAUGAAGCCCCGGCCAAUAGCAGUAAAUCCCAAUCGCCUUCAAAGCCCAAAAACACCACGCAUGUGGUAAUUUCAGAGUCUCCUGCUUCGAAAAUAUCACCCUCGAAGAAAUCUGCACGAGAGCCCGCUCGUUCGGUUACAACUCUUCCUGAUGAAGAUGAUCUUGGUGGCGAUGAUAUCUUUGCAACAGAAUUUCGGAAGUCGGGUAGGGGCGACGAUGAUUACGUUGAGGAAGAUGGUAGCGACAGCGAUCUGGUAGAACUGGCUGUGAAACCGGCUACUGCAGCACGCAGGAACCAGGCGCCUGUGUCUCGUUUUGACGACAAUGUGGACAUGGCUGAUGAUCUCAAACCGCCCAAGUCUUCAGCGCAAAGCCGAAAACGCAAAUCUUAUUCCCUUGAUAACGAUGAACAUGAAGAAUCGCACCGAGAUACCAAAAAGGAUUCUAGGCGCUCAAAGGCAGCUUCGUCACCGUCGGCUAAGAGACAGAAGGCACCUGCGAAGCAGGAUAGACCAGAAAGUAAAGAAAUCCAAGACAUUUUUGACAGUAUCCCAACAAUUCGGCCACCUUCACCUCCACCACCGUCCGACCAACCGAAGAAGCCCAAUUUCUAUGCGGCCCAGGCAGCGCGGUCACGGACUCCACCCGCAGCUGGUAGUGCAGAGAUCCCUGUAGGUGCUGAGAAUUGUCUCGCGGGGUUAUCAUUUGUCUUUACUGGCGUCCUCGAUGUACUCGGGCGAGAAGAAGGUCAGUCAUUAGUAAAAAGAUAUGGUGGCAAGGUCACUUCCGCACCUAGCUCGAAAACAAGCUAUGUUGUGUUAGGGCAUGAUGCUGGCCCCAAGAAACUCCAGACCAUCAAAACGCACAAACUCAAGACUAUUAACGAACAAGGUCUUUUUGAACUGAUCCGGCGGCUCCCGCCUAACGGCGGCGAUGGGAAAGCAGCCGAGAAAUACCAAGCAAAGAAGAAGGCUGACGAGGAGAAAAUAAAAGCUAUGGCUGCUGAGAUCGAUAGGGAAGAGAAAAUGAGAAAGAAAGCUGCUGCAGCUACUCCAGGAGGUGGUGCACCCACAGGUUCCCAAACGACGGCUGCCAAAUUUGACGAUCGUCUUUGGACUACUAAAUAUGCACCAACAUCGCUAAACAUGAUUUGCGGAAACAAGGGUGCUGUGGAAAAGCUCCAGGCCUGGUUGCGGGACUGGCACAAAAAUGCUAAGGCAAACUUCUCGAGACCUGGAAAAGACGGAUCUGGAGUUUAUCGUGCCAUCAUGAUUCAUGGACCUCCAGGGAUUGGUAAGACUACGGCAGCGCAUUUGGUCGCAAAGCUUGAAGGAUACGAUGUCGUUGAGACAAACGCAAGUGACACCAGGAGCAAGAAACUUGUGGAAACUGGCCUCCUUGGCGUCUUAGAUACAACAUCGUUGCAAGGCUAUUUUGCAAGCGCUGGACACAAAGUGGAGAGUGAGAAGAGAAACCUGGUACUUGUUAUGGACGAGGUAGAUGGAAUGUCUGCUGGAGAUCGAGGUGGUGUUGGGGCUCUAGCCUCGAUUGCAAAAAAGACGCAUGUCCCGCUCAUCCUCAUUUGCAAUGAUCGGAGACUUCCGAAGAUGAAACCGUUUGAUCAUGUCGUGUAUGAGCUUCCCUUCAGACGACCAACAGCAGAACAGAUCAGAGCAAGGCUAUCUACUAUCUGUUUCAGGGAGGGACUGAAGAUACCACCGCAGGUCCUGGAUGGAUUGAUUGAGGGGACAAAUGCCGAUAUUCGGCAGGUCAUUAACAUGCUUUCUACUAUAAAAUUGGAUCAGCAGAGUCUCAGUUAUGAUAAGGGAAAAGAGAUGUCUAAGGCAUGGGAGAAACAUGUCAUUCUCAAGCCGUGGGACAUCGUCGGAAAGAUUCUUAGCGCACAAAUCUUUUCGCCCAGCUCCAAGUCUACUCUGAACGACAAGAUAGAGCUUUACUUCAACGAUCAUGAGUUUAGCUAUCUGAUGCUUCAGGAGAAUUAUCUCAAAACGAACCCAACCCUGGCUGGCAACUACCAGGGCAAAGAAAGGUCGCUAAAGCUGUUGGAGCUCUGUGAUAAUGCAGCUUCCAGCAUUAGCGAUGGUGAUCUUGUGGAUAGGAUGAUCCAUGGCACCCAACAGCAAUGGAGCUUGAUGCCAACCCACGCGGCCUUUAGCUUCGUCCGUCCGGCAAGCUUUGUCUACGGGAAUAUGAGGGACCGGCCUGCAUUCACGAGCUGGUUGGGCCAGAAUAGCAAACAAGGGAAACUUUGGCGUUAUAUGAAGGAGAUCCAGGGCCACAUGCGCCUCCGGGCCUCCGCAAACCGCGAUGAGAUCAGGCAACAGUAUCUACCGGCUGUCUGGGACAAACUGAUCCGUAGGUUGAUGAAAGACGGCAAGGAGAGUGUGGGAGAGGUUAUCGACUUCAUGGAUAGCUACUUCCUGACUAGAGACGACUGGGAUGCUUUGGUUGAACUCGGCCUUGGCCCUAUGGGCGAGGAGCAUGUCAAGCUGGAUACCCAGACGAAAGCCACAUUCACACGCCUCUACAACCAACGCUCACACCCUCUUCCAUUCAUGAAGGCGAGUGAUGUCAUUGCGCCAAAGAGAAUGCCCAAGGAAAGACCCGAUAUUGAAGAUGCGAUCGAGGAAUCGGAUGAAGAGGAAGUCAUUGAAGAUGAUUCUAGAGAAGAAGAAGAAGAACUAGACUUGAAGAAGGAUAAAUAUGUCAGUGUGCCGAAGAAAUCAGCAGCCCAGAAGGGGAAGAGGGCAAAGAAGGCUUCCACGGCGGAUGACGAGGAAAAGCCCGCGAAGAAAGGCAGAGGCCGGAAGCCAAAGACUUGAAAUGAAAUGGCCUAGUAGUGAAGUUAGAGUUGGGCAUUGGGGUUUCUUGGAGCUUGUUGGCGGUCUCCUUGUACACUCAGUCUAUUUUUUGUAUUAUUUCAUGAAUAUCACUGUAUUGGAAUAUUGGAAUCAUAAUAAGAUCUUG